UUUUUUCAAAAAUUUCGUUUUCUAAUAUUAAUUUUAAUAUUAUUGAAUAAAAAUGAUGUUUCAGAAAGUCCACAAUCAUCUCAACAUUGUCCGCGAAUGCAUGGUUACUUUGCCCAUGAAGAUACUCGAAUCUGUGAUAUAUUUUACUAUUGUGUUGAAGGGAAAUUCAAUAUGAUAACAUGUCCUGCUGGUCUCGUAUUUUCGGAAAAAACUGGUAUCUGUAAUUGGCCUGAUGAAGCCAAAAAGAAUGGAUGUGGAUCACGUGAAUUGUUUAACUUCACUUGCCCUAAAGUUGACGAAGCUGUAGCUGCAACGCAUCCUCGUUAUGCUGAUCCAGAUGACUGCCAAUAUUUCUACGUAUGUAUCAAUGGUGAAACUCCUCGAAGAAAUGGAUGUAAAUUAGGUCAGGCUUUCGAUGAAAAAACAAAGAAAUGUGAUUGGGCUAGAAAAAUUCCUGAGUGUUCCGCUUGGUACAAAGAUAGACUGACUGAAGAAGAGUUAGAUGCUCUCGAAAAUCCUCUACCCAAAUUAAAGGAUCAUGCAAAUAAAGCCACGAGAAAACGCACUAGAUCUUGAGAAAAUAA